AUGUCACGCAAAGAUAUGCAAGUUGGUCGACCUAUUACUAUGAAUCCUUUUACAAUUGCAGCACAAGCAAAAAAGCGAUAUUAUGAUAAAUUAACUGAUAGUGAAGAUGAAGCUACUAUAAAUAUCACAAGCUCUCUAACGUUAAAUAAUAAUAGUGAAAAUCCCCAACCUAAAUUAUCACAUUUAUUAAGAGAAAAUCUUAAAUUUAAUCAAACUUGGUUAAUUACAUACCCUUGGUUACGUUUUGAUGAAGAUAAAAAACUUAUGUUCUGUAAUUGGUGCGAAGCUGCCAAAUAUACAAAUAUAUUUGUAUCUGGAUGUGAUAAUUUUAAAGAACAAUCACUUAAACGACAUCUUGAUACUAAAGACCAUCAAAAAACUUUAAAAGCACGAUCUGAAACACAAUUAAGUAUAGUUGCAAGUUUUACAAAACAACUUGGAAUUGACAAACUUCGUAUUAUAUGCAACAUGAUUAAUAUGUAUUGGUUAAUUCAGCAUAAUAUAGCUACGCAUACAAUUACUGAUCUUUGUAAUCUUAUUGAUCAGCAAAUCCAAAAUGCUCAAGAAUUACAUAUAUCAUCAAAUAUUAAUAUUUUAAAAUUUUCUUCAGCAUUACAAGAUACAAGCUUAAUGAGAAACACUUAUAGUUCUUAUAACAAUAAUCAUGCUGGAAGAGAUUUUAUUGACGCAAUUGGAAAAGUAAUUGAAGAUGAAGUUUGUUAUGAGAUCCGUAAAUCAUCUGCAUGGAGUUUAAUAAUAGAUGAAAGUAAUACAGUUACGAAAGAAAAAACUUUAGCUAUUGUAUCAAAGCAUAUUACUUUUAAUAUGCCAGUAUAUCGAUUUGUUGGAUUAAUUGAACUAAAAGAUUGUAGCGCAAAUAGAAUUAUGAAAGAAUUAAAUGAAUUUUUUAAAAUUAAAAAUCUUUCAGUUUUAACAUUAGGUCAUUUUGGUAGCGAUGGAGCAUCAGUUAUGUUAGAACAUCAUAGCAUAUUACAUCGGUUAGCUCUUGCAUAUGAAGAUGCGGCUGAAUCAAUUCCAUAUAUGCAUACAUAUAACAAAAUUGUUGGAAAUCUUUAUACUUAUUUUAGCCGCUCUUAUGAACAUAUGGAAACUUUAAAAAUGGUAGAAAAACUAUUAGAUGAUCCUGAUUUACAUUUGUUACGUAUUGUUAAAAUUCGUUGGCUUUCUUUAUCAAAUGUUGUAUCAAACUUACAUCGCAUAUUAGAUUCUGUUGUUAAUGCUUUAUUUUUAGAUUCAAAAACAGAAAAACUACAAAUUGCAACUGUUAUUCAAACGAUUAAUGAAAGUUUUAUUGGAACUGAAAAUUUUUCACCAACCUGGGGCUAUCAUUUACGUACAUAUCUUCAAACUAAUGAUCUUGCUUCAGAAGAUAUUCCAGAUUUUAUACAACAAUUUGCAAUUACAACAAUUGAAAAUCUUAAUAGACGAUUUCCUGAUUGUAAAAUUUUAAAUGCUUUUAGUAUUUUUGAUCCACAAAAUUUAUUAGAAAAAGAAUCAUUAUCAGAUUAUGGAAAUGAUGAAAUUUAUAUUCUUGCUAAUUAUUAUGGAAAAGAAAAAACUAGUAAAGAUGCUUGGAAAGCAUUAUAUCAAAAAAUUCCAAAUUUUUCUGUUCUUUAUCCUAAUUCUUAUAAAAUUGUUGAAUUAUUUCUUAUACUUCUACUUUCUAAUGCUGUAGUAGAGCAUGUAUUUUCACGUCAAAAUUUAAUCAAAACCAAACUUAGAAAUCGAAUGAAUAUUAAUACUCUUAAUUACCUUUUAUCAAUUUCUAUAAAUGGUUCAUCAAUAGAUGAAUUUGAUUUUGAACAUGCAUAUGAUAUUUGGGAAAAUUCUUCAAAUAGAUAUAUUAGUCAAUAA